UCAGAGGGCGGUUCGAGCAGUUCACAUAUUUUCCUUCAUCAAAAUCGAGUGAAAAUGUCGAAUUCCCACAUUUUCAUGAAGUCUGGCUUCCCCAGAGCGCCCCUGCAGAAUGGCAUGGGGCGCUACGUGUGCCAACUGCAGAGACUGACGCUGAAAUACUGCAAAAGCUACGGGGCGAGCAAAGGAAUGCGGGAUUACCUGGAGAACAGCUUGCUGGACUAUGCCAAGGCGAAUCCGGGGGUCGCGGUGUACGUGAAGCCGCGCAGGCAUCGGACGCCCGUGAUUGUGGCGGAGUAUUUGAAUGGCGAGCGGCAGUGGCUGCCGUGCGCCAAUCGUCCGCAUGAGGAGAUCAUCAAGUGGAUGGAGCUGCUGCGGCAGCAGAACAGCGACUCUUCGGCCGUGAGGUGGCGCAAACUCUGGCACACAGACGUGCCUUCGAUCCAGGGCGUCUGGACGCCCUUCACGCACCGCAAUCCGCAGCUCAAUCUCACCGUGUUCCCGGACGAGGCGCUGCGGGAGCCCGUGGAGCGGCCAAAGUCCGCCACGGAAAUAGUGCUGGAGAUGCUCGAGCGACGGAAGCUGGAGUGAAAGUGGGGGGCAUUGAUAGUCGAGUGUAAAAUAAAAAAGAAAUAUAUUAACUCCUUAAAAUAUACAAGAUUUUACACAUUCUGAGGGUUCUCGAGGACACAAUUAUAUGAUUAUCCUGUAGUUUAUCUAGGGUCUCUCUCAACAUCACUCUCACUUUCUUCCACCCCAAAAACUAUAAUUAUAUACCUGUAGAAUGAGCCAAUUUCCACUUUCCCACAGUCUUAUUUU